GCCCAGACCGCAGUUGCAAGCCAAAGCAAAAACCGAUCCAAAUCGUAUUUUUUUGUCGCUCCAGCAUCCUUAGUGAACGUUAAACAAGCCCACAAAAUGGCAUUCAAGGUUAUCCUCUGUGUGGCCGCAAUGGCGAUCGCCUGCGCACAGGCCAAGCCGGGCGGACCCGCCGCCUACUCGAUUAGCGCCCCCAGCGUCGACCACGCCUCCGUGGGCAACACGCAGGAGCACACGGUGAAGGGCCACUACGGCCAGUCCUCGCAAUCGGACUACGCCAGCCAGGUGCAGACGGCCCACUCCCAGUCGCAUGUCCAGCGCUCGAGCAUCAGCAACGAUGCCGGCCUGGCCCCGGCGGCCCACUAUGCAGCUCCCGCGGCUCACGCCAUUGCCGCUCCCGCCGUCGGCGCCUCGUACGCCGUUGGAGUGGGACACACGGCUCCGGCCCAGAUCCAGGGCCUGGCCUACGCGAGUCAUGGCUACGCGGCCGCCCCAGCUCUGGCCUACGGCGGCCACUACGGAGCUCAGUACGGCGGCGGCGGCCAUUACGCAGCCACGGCCCCGGCUCUGCAGCUGUCCGGAGUGGGACUGGGACUGGGACUGGGACACUACGGACAAAUCGGACACCUCGGCCUGGGCGCUGCUGGUCUCGCCUAUGGCGGCUAUGGCGCCUAUAGCUCCGGUCCGGCCCUGUCGCAUGGCUAUGCUCAGGUGGCCGCCGCUCCCGCUCAAGUUGUGAAGUAUGCCGCCGCUCCAGCCUACGCUCCCGGCAUCAUUGGACACGGCUACGCCCCCGCUGCGUAUGCUGCACCCGCCUACGCUGCGCACCUUGGUGGCCCAGUGCUGAAAGCCGCCGUUGCCGCACCCGCCCUGGUACACACAUCGGUCUCUGGCCACGGCAUUCAGUACGGCUACUAGGGAGAUUACGCCGUGACCCUGCCUCCCUGCUCCCUGUACCAGUC